UACUUUAGUUAUUCAUUUAAAUGCUUUUCCUCCGAUAUGAGUUCAUUUAUUGAUCCUGACUAUUCUAUAGGUCGCAAUCUGCGACAGCGACAAAGCAGAAAAGGUAUCUCUAACAAUGACGCGAUAUUAGAUUCAGAAAAAAAUAAAAGAAAAGGAAAGAAAAAAGGUCAAUAUUUUGGAAAAAAUAGUGCAUAUGAUGAAUACGGAAAUAUUCGAUUCAACGGACUAGAUAUUUGCGACUGUAUAAAUAAAGAUUGUGAUGGUUGCUGGUUUGAAUGUCCAAGUUGUGGCUCUACUAGGUGUGGUCCUCAAUGUCGCUCAAAUCGAAAGUUUUUCUAUGAAGGCAUUACAUACGAUGGAAAAGAUUUAUCUAUACAAAACAAAUAUAUUUCCAAAUAAAAUCUUCAUAGUUAUAAAUACAAAAUAAUUAAGAACUUUAAAAA